UGUGGAUGUCCGCCGGAUAUAUCCGAAUCAGGGUCCUGACCCUUUCCAACUCACCAAAAGGGCAUGGGUUCCCAAAAAAAGGGCAAUGUAUAAAGGUGGCAAAAAGGUGGCCAGAAGGUGGAAAAAAGGAGGCAGAAGGUCAAAAAGGGGGAAAUGCCUCCCAGAGGCAAAAGGGCCACCCUGAUCCAGAUACCAAAAUCCGUGUCUAUGUGCAAGUCUGCUUCAAUAUAUUUUUGUAUUAUACCCAGAAGAUCAACCUCUCUAAUAAAUUGCUUCCUAAAAUUCAAAAAAUAUUCCAGACACUAAUACUCUUUUUUAUAAAAUCGAGUCAAGGUUGA